CAAGAAAAUAGGGCCACUACUCUGCCGAUUAGUCGUAAUCGGUCCAACUACCUAAUACAAACGUUGCCAAUUUUUUAUACCCGUCGUAUUCCUCACCAGUAGGCACAAUUUUCUGGAGGAUUGUUUUCUGCAUGUUCUUCACUAUUAGACCCUGUGACCUUUUUCCUGGCUCAAGGAUCCUCGAUAGUGAAUAUCUGUCAAACAAUUUUUCUCUCUUAACGAGCUUUCUGCGAAAGUUUGAAUUUCUUGACAAUAUCUAGUCCAGCAAGGCCCUAGAAGCUGGGAACCAAAAGAAAAUCGCUCAUAAAAGCUCCUGGCCAAGAAGCCAUUGAUGGAGGCAAUGACUCUCAGCCUCAGGGUAAGAAUCCCAGGUCGAUAGGACGAUUUUCAGGCUCAUUUUAUUCUUCCAAGUCAAACAAGAGGAAAAGGGUUGCCUAUGAAAGUGGUUUUGAAGCCAGAAACAUGUCUGAUAGCUCAACGGGUGUCCGUAGAAAAUUUGGAGAGAAGAGAAAGAAAGAAGACGAAGUUGCAGGCUCGUUCCUUAUCACUCAAUGUUCGGAGGACCAGAUGAGGCAGAACUGCACUGUUUUAGUUUCCAACUUGUCAAUGAAGUUGAAGACAAAAGCAAUUAUAAAGGAGUUCUCUAAAUUUGGGGAGAUAGAAUCAAUCAGUAUUUCUAAAGUCAAACCAAUUUUGAAUGAAACCUUGUUAGGGACUUUGGCUGUCUCUGCGUAAUUUGGUGGCGAUUGCAUUAACAGAAGUCUAUACUUGCUGUGCACGGCCUCAGACAGCUUAACCUGACUUAGACCUCACAGAAAUUCUCCGAACAUAGUGGGACAUUUUUUUGAGGCCACAUGCAAUGAUCAUGCGUGGAUCAUAUAUAAAGAAGCAGCAGCAGCAGAAAUGGCCUUAUCUCACAAUAUGGCUCAGUUUGCUGGGAUCUACAUAUCUGUCAACAGAGUCCAUCUUCCAUCUAAGAGACUUAAGGGGACCCAUCUGGAUGAAAGAAAUUCUGAUAUGGAGAACUUUGAUUUGAAGGCUAAUUUCAGGUUGAAAAGACCUCGAGAUUCAAUUCCUAUGGAUGACAGAUCGAGGUUAAAGCAAGUGGCAUCUGAAUCUCAAGUGCAAGCAGCUCUCUCAUAUCAAUGUCUGAAAAAAGACAUGGUUGGUGAAACAUUUGAAUAUCGAAGUAGCCAGGUAAACUCAAACAAGCUACAGAUACCUUCAGGUUGUUAUCAGGAUUCACGUGUUAGUGGUUUGGAGGUUGGGAAGCGGAAGUUAGGAGCCAAUGGGGAUCCAAUAGAAGAAUCUGACCGCAAGAAAAGAGCUCGGUUUUUACAAUCAAACACAUAGGAGUGUGUCAUGGGGAUAGUGAUUCAGAACAGAUUACUGAUUUAUUCUUUCUAAAGAUAAAAGAAAAAAAAAAGAUAACACCCGUAACAUUAAAAAAAAGGAAAAAAGGACAAAAGCUUGUAAUAUUCAUGUAAGAAGGGCCAGUCAUACGGUUAAAAAAUCUGUGAUGAUAUUGGUUAGUGACUUGGAUCCCUGCUCUGCUUGUUAGUACCUAUC